AUGCCCCAUCGUUAUUUUUGCCAUGCCUGUCAAGCGUAUCAAGAAGUGGUCAUGGCACCCAUGCCUACGUGCUCGGUUUGUCAUUCCCAGUUUGUUGAACAAACGUCAUCGCAAGAAGCAACGGCUACGACCCAUGUCGACAUUGACAACGAUUUGAGUGAACGCUUAAAUCACACCACACUCGGUGAAGCACCUCAUUCUCCUCGUACCCAGCAAGAAGAAGCCGCCAGCACCAGUGAUACGGACGAUGACGAUGAUGAUGAGAUUUACACGGAUGAUGAAGAUGAAGAUUAUGAAGACAUCGACAGCGACGAUGAUUAUGAAGAUGAGGAUGACGAUUAUGAUGAAGAAGAUGAGAUAUCAGCUUUUAUUGAGAGUCAUCAUCGGCAUGAAUCCCGGCAUCAUCAUCAUUUCUACGAUCAAGAUGAAUGGGAUUAUGAGUUGGAUCGAUACUACGACGAUAUUCUUGGUUACAAUCAUGCAAAUGACUUUUAUGAUGGCGUUGAUGAUAUCGCUCCACAAUGGUCGAGCUAUUUCGCCAAUCAUUUGGAUAUAGAUGAAAGUAACCGGCAUUGGGAAAGCUUUCUACGAGCCAUGUUUUGGCCAAAUGAAGAUCAAGAUCGUCCUGCGCCAGCAAACCAAAAUGAUAUUGAUCAAUUGGAUAAACGACAACUCAAUGAGGGAGAUGCAGAUGCCGACAUUGAAUGCAGCAUUUGUCAAGAAAACUUUGGCGUGAACAAUGAGAUAUUGACCCUGCCAUGCAAGCAUGAAUACCAUGGAUUGUGCAUUCGACGUUGGCUCCAAGUCAGUGCAACCUGCCCAAUGUGUCGAUCUACCAUCAUUUCGGAAGCAGAAAGCCAACGACGACGACAACAAGAGCAACCUCAAAUUACUUCUCAUCCCAACAACUUGGGUGGUCGCACGUUUACUUUCACUUCACCUGAUCGACGUCAUGCUAUUGGCAUCAUGGUGGCAGACGUGACCUCUUUACCCUAUCCACCUUAUCCUGAGGACGAUGUUGAUUAUUAUGAAGAUUAUGAUGGAUUAGAAGAUGAAUACGAGGAGGAGGAUGAAUACUAUGAUUCAGGAGAAGACGACGAAGAGGAGGAGGAAGAAGACCCAUGGGAUCAAGUGGAUCGACAAGAGCCGAUAUCCCGCCAUGGAUGGAGACAUCAUCAUCAUCACAACACUACACGUGGGCCAAUGUUUAUAUGUCCUCAUGGCCAUCUUAUUCCCGGUUUCAAUCGACUACGACCACGAGCAGCACCUAGCGAAACUGCUCAUAGCACCAACCACCACCCUAUCGCCGAAUUCCAUCAACCCAACCCAAUGGAUGAAGUGGAUUGA